AAAAAAAGCAAAGUUGUCUAUACAUUUUUUUUGAUUGGUCAGUCGACGAGCGUUCGUUCAUCUAAAUACGCUUUCAAACCAAAAUGGAGGAUUUGUCGGUCGAGGUGUACGGUGAAAAUGGUGCUUAUUAUAAGGCCACUGUCACCGACGUUCUCGACAACGAGGUUCUUGUAGCCUUUGAAAAUGACUGGCAGCCAGAAUCCAAAUUUCCUUUCUCACAAGUGUUCUUACCGCCUAAGGACACGGGAAAACACACAGAGUUUGUGGAAAACCAGGAAGUCGAGGUGUUUGCCCGUUCCAAUGAGAAGGAAGCAUGCGGCUGGUGGACGGCCAAUAUCAAGAUGAUGAGGGGGGAGUUCUUGGUGAUAGAAUAUUUAGAAUGGGACAACUGCUACACGGAAAUAGUGCCAAAGGACCGUCUCCGGGUGAAGACCCCCAAGACCCCCAUCGACAAAACCACCUUCCACAAGUUUGAGAUACCGGUCCCUGAAGAUCUCAAAGACUACCUGCACGAGAUCCACAGCGCUAAGGUGGAGAACGCGCACAAGGAGUUCCAGAAGGCGAUCGGCGCGGCGAUCGUGUGGUACGUGCCCGAGCGGGGCGCGCUGGCCGUGCUCGCGCGCGGCGACUCCAGCCAGCGCCGGGCGCUCAUGCUGCAGGAGAUGCACUUCCGAAAUCUAACGCAGAAGUUGUUAUUGCUGAAAAAGACUGAAGAGGCGGCUAGACAGUUGGAGUCCACCAAAAUACACAACCAAGGAGGUAGCUUGGCGGGCGGCAGGUACUCGGAUGAGUUCAGCGUGCGCGAGGACCUGAUGGGGCUCGCCAUCGGCACGCACGGCGCCAACAUCCAGCUCGCGCGCAAGGUGCCCGGCGUCUCCAACAUCGAGCUGGAGGAGUGCUCCUGCACCUUCAAGAUCUGUGGCGAGAGUAUGGAGGCAGUGCGCGGCGCGCGCGCGCUCCUAGAAUACGCAGAGGAGUCCAUCAAGGUGCCGCGCGCGCUCGUCGGCAAGGUCAUCGGCAAGAACGGCAAGGUCAUCCAGGAGAUCGUCGACAAGAGCGGCGUCGUGCGUGUGAAGGUGGAGGGCGACAACGAGCCGGCUCCGGUGGGGCCGCGCGAGGAGGGCGUUGUGCCGUUCGUGUUCGUGGGCACGCGCGAGAACAUCGUCAACGCGCAGGUGCUCGUCGAGUACCACGUCGCGCACCUUAAGGAGGUGGAACAGUUGCGCGCUGAGAAGCACGAGAUCGACCAGCAGCUGCGCUCGGUGAUCGGCGGCACGUCCACGUCGUACCCGCCGCCGCGCGGACACCCCGCCGCGCGCGCGCGCCGUCGCCCACCGCCGCAGCGCUACCCGCCGGGUGAGUACACACCACCGGGAGCACACCGACCGGCAGCUGCGCUCGGUGAUCGGCGGCACGUCCACGUCGUACCCGCCGCCGCGCGGACACCCCGCCGCGCGCGCGCGCCGUCGCCCACCGCCGCAGCGCUACCCGCCGGGUGGUCGCCGUAUGACACCCGAACUGGGCGACGAGCGCGGCGAGGGCAGCUAUCGGGGCGGUCGCGGCGGCCGCGGGGCGCGAUCCAACCGAUCGAGCGAGCGCGGCGACGCCCGGCGCGGUGACCGCGGCGAGCGGCCCGACCGCGGCGACCGGCCCGAGCGGGGCGAGCGUCCCGAGCGGGGCGAGCGGCCCGAGCGCGAAGAGCGCCGCGCGCCGCUAGAGAACGGCCGCGCGCAUCCGCCGCGCGCGCCCAAC